GUUUUGCUCCCUUUUGGCCAUUAACCGGUCAAUUCGUGCAAGCUACAACAGGAUGUUUCGCAUGUUACCUAUCUCAGGUUUUCCUGUCACUAAAUCGAUCCGAUCAACAUCAAUACCCAUUGCAGCUGCUGUUAUUAAUAGGUACAAUACUAGCUAGUGCAGGAUGAUCAUUGACUUGCUCCGAGAGAACUUUGGGAAAUUCUUGCCUCGAACCAACGGCUUCGACUCAUGCUUCCCCGAGACGACGGCAUUGAUCAAACAUGGCAAGGGUCAGAAGAAUAAGCAGGCGUGCACAAAGGGAGACGAUGAUUGGCACAAACUAGAGCUUCUAGGCAGCACAUCCACGGAAAGCUGCAGCUCCACAACAAGUUUGAGCAUCUCGGACUACUCGAUCGAAUGUCAAUUCCGUUCCCCUCCUCGCCCUCGCCCCAAACUGGUCCCUCCCCCGCCUGUCAAGGCGGACCCUCCCGCCUCGAAUGACUUGGAGCUUCCCGUCUUGAACACGAAACGUUCUCGCAAGUUGCCAGGUACUUGGUACUAUUCCAGCAACCACAUUAUGAUUAAUACCGAGCGCACCAAAAAGAACAUCCACCCUUUGACUAGAAAAAGUGAGCUCGAUGCGACCGCUCGUUGGCACGCCGAAGCAAUGGCUGGGAAGGAUCAACUUUUCCAUGCAGGCGCUGCAGAGCUUCAGCAGAAAGUUGCAAGGCCAUGCCGUCGCCUGGGUGUGAAUGUAUUCAGGGGUGAAAGUAUUAGAGCUAUUCACAACGAAAUGAUGGGCUCGAAAACUGAUGUUAAAAACAUGCUUGACUCAAAAUAUUUUGAAUUUGGCAUGGCAACUGCAAGGUCUCCAAGCGGAGACCUGAUGUUGUGUCAGGUUUUCAUCGGAUAAGCCACUUGCAACAUGUCCAUUCGGCUUCUCCUUCCAGCUUCCUGACCGCAGACAUGAAAACACACGUCAAUACACUCCUUUAGAUACACCCCAAAUUUUGGCAUAUCAGCCAUUAGACACAGCCAUCCUGGCACGGCAACAGCAAACGCGUUGGAACGCCAGAGCUUUCGAGAGUAUAAUUCAUAACUACCAAUAAUUUAGUCCCCUGUAACUUUAAUAAUGAUGAGCAGGUAAAGCGGAGAAUCACUCAUCAGUUGCUCAAGCUGUUACUACGGGUAGCCCGAAGAUCCAUGGCAAUAUUUUCGU